GUGAGAAGCCCUUCAAGUGCGAGUUUGAGGGCUGCGACAGGCGCUUCGCCAACAGCAGCGACAGGAAGAAACACAUGCACGUCCACACCUCGGACAAGCCCUACAUCUGCAAGGUGUGCGACAAAUCCUACACCCACCCCAGCUCACUUAGGAAACACAUGAAG